GCAUCGUCUCGCUCAUCUCCCUGGCCGUACUUUCUUAUGAACGUUACUGCACCAUGACGGGAACAACAAAGGCCGAUACCACAAACUACAGGAAAACAUGGACAGGCAUCGUCCUCUCCUGGACUUACUCCUUGGCCUGGACGGCACCCCCCCUUUUCGGCUGGAGCAGUUAUGGGCCAGAAGGACCAGGGACAACAUGCUCCGUGAACUGGCAUUCAAAGGACGCAAACAACGCGUCCUACAUCGUAUGUCUUUUCGUCUUUUGCCUUGUAAUCCCUUUUGUCAUUAUUGUUUAUUCGUACGGGAGGCUGCUGUGCGCUGUAAGGCAGGUGAGUGGCAUCAAUAAAGGGAUGGGCCGGAACCGGGAACGGCGCAUCCUCAUCAUGGUGGUGGUGAUGGUAAUUUGCUUUCUCCUUUGCUGGCUGCCAUAUGCAACUGUGGCACUUAUAGCGACAUUUGGGAAACCUGGUCUCAUCACCCCUGCAGCCAGCAUCAUCCCAUCCAUCCUUGCCAAAAGCAGCACAGUCUAUAACCCCAUCAUCUACAUAUUUCUGAACAAACAGUUUUACAGGUGCUUUUUGGCGCUUCUGAGAUGCAACAAAGCCCCCGUGAACUCCAGCACCAAGUCCUCGUCCAGGUCCUGCCGCGCGCUGCAGCAGGCGCAGGGCGGCACCAGCCCCGCAGCGGCUGAGAGCCUGGACCCCGCCGGGAACCCGCACCCGCCUCCAGAAGAGACCCCAACAGCUCAGAAAGCUGUGCUGGUGGCUCACUACAGCACCUGA